AUGACUACCAAUUUACAAUCCCGUUCGGCAUCAGUUUCAAAUCUGGGUGAUGCUGAAGAGCCAAGCUCGUUUUUACCUGGUAAAACGGGUGCCACAAAGAAUGUUGGGAACAAUUUAAGAUCGGCAUCGAUUGGGUCAAGCUUUUUCAAUAAGGAUGCUUCGAAUUUUUUUAAUCCCAAGGAUGCAGCCAACACAACUUCCAGCUCAAUGGACGACGAGCUUGUCAAGGAGACCAAUGAAAACCCCCCAAACCCGCCAACAUCGAGCGGUUUGGAUAUUGUUGAUGCGUUGGGCACCCUUGACUUAGAUGAAGAGUUUGAAUUGACAAACAAAGAUACCGCCAGUGCUAAAGAGAAGAAGGGUACACCAUCUUCCAACAAUGCUGCUAAGCAAAGAGACACCCCGACGUCCAAUACCCCAUUCCUGCAACAUGCUCAAUUCUUAUAUGCUGGCAAUAGUAACACUAACGAUGGGAAUAACAAUUAUCACCAACAAUUUUAUUCCCAAUAUCCAGCACAACAAGGUUCUUUGACUCCAAACUCGUCAAUUGGAACCUUUGUUCCUUCGACAUUUGGUCAUGUUAACACACCUUCUAGUACAUGGAGCAACACAUUUAUUCCGUCAUCUGCUCCUCCAUUUGCAUAUGGAAACAGUAAUGCGGCUAGCGCUAAUGCAUUGAAUGUUAAACCAUUUGAGUUACCAGAUGAUGGGAAAGCGAAGGAUAAAAGGGUCAACGGAGAAAACGUAAUUCCGGGUUUACACCUUCCAUUUACCACGACUCCACCUCCAUUAGAUACGUUUGGAGGAGUUUUGAAUUCCCAAAUCCCUUUCGGAGCUAAUGUACCUAUCGGUAUGGAAUCUUAUGGAUUCCAAGAGGGUUAUAAAUUGGCCGAGGGAAGUUCGUCCGAAAGUGAAGUUGAAAGUUCAAUUCCAUCUGAUAGGACCAAGAACUCUUCAAACCAGCAACAUUUCAUGUCUGGAUCCAUUCGUAUGGACGGUGCACAAGCUACUGCGGUUAACGAGUACCAACUGAUUGUAGGGAAUGAAGCUUCUCAUAACCACAAUCAGUUUAAUAAUUUGCCCGAGAAUUUGAACUUCCCUAUGUUGAAUGUUGGUCAAAUGGUUCCACCAUCAGCUCAACCAAGCACACCGAACAUGUGGAAUCAAAUUCCGAUGAAUUAUAAUUCGAAUAUGAACCUGCAACAACAUUCAUUUGUGAACAAUAGAGUCCCGCAAAAUCAGGCUCUCUCAGGUCAAAGCGUGAAUGGUGGUCGUUUUAACAAUAAUGGUAAUCAUAACAAUAACAAUCGUCGUAAUCAUUAUAAUUCAAAUGAUGGUAUGAAUGUUCAUCGUAAAAUGCAUAUAAAUAACAAAAGAAAGGGUGAUGAUGCAUCAAAGUAUACAAAUGCCAAAUUAGAAGAUUUCACAGGACAAAUAUACUCGUUAUGUAAGGAUCAACAUGGUUGUCGUUUCUUGCAACGCCAGUUAGAUUUGGGCCGUGAAGCUGCAUCGAAUCCAAAUGCCGACUUAGAGAACACACAGAUAUUAACAAAUGACAUUGCCGCAACCAUGAUCUUUAACGAAAUUUACUUGAAGAUCAUUGAGCUAAUGACUGAUCCAUUUGGAAACUAUCUUAUUCAAAAAUUGUUUGAAAAUGUAUCUGCUGAUCAGAGAAUUAUUUUAGUCAAGAACGCUUCCCCAGAAUUCAUUAGAAUCGCUUUAGACCCACACGGUACCCGUGCAUUGCAGAAGUUGAUUGAAUGUAUCACAACUGAAGAGGAAUCGCAAUUGAUUAUAAGUUCUUUGUCCCCACGUAUUGUAGCACUUUCGAGGGAUUUGAAUGGUAAUCAUGUUGUUCAAAAAUGCUUGCAGAGAUUGAAACCUGAAGAGAAUCAAUUCAUUUUCGAAACUGCUUCGUUACAUUGCAAUGAAAUUGCAACUCAUAGACAUGGUUGUUGUGUUUUACAAAGGUGUUUGGAUCAUGGUGAUCUUGCCCAACGUAAACAAUUAUCAUUGAAGGUUGCAGAGAAUGCUACGAAUUUAUCGUUAGAUCCAUUUGGUAAUUAUGUUGUACAAUAUGUAUUAUCUAGAGGUGACGAUGAAUCAAUUAGAAUAAUCUUAGACCAUAUUAAGUCAAAUGUUGUUUCAUUAUCGUUGCACAAAUUUGGUUCUAAUGUUAUUGAAAAGUCUUUAAGAAUUAAUAAAUUGACUGACAGUUUGAUUGAAGUUUUAUUAUUAAACAAGGAAAGGUUCAGUGAAAUGUUAAAUGAUGCAUUCGGUAACUAUGUUCUUCAAACAAGUUUAGAUGUUGCUAAUGUUAGAGACUUGGGCAAGUUAUCUCAGGCAUUACAACCCUUAUUACCAAAUAUUAAAAAUACUCCACAUGGAAGAAGAAUUAUGAUUAAAAUUCAAAACAUCUUAUAG